AUGGAUAAAGAAGAGAACUACUCAGCAAGUUUUAUCGGGCUAGAUUACUCUCUAGACCACCACCAUCAUCAUCAACAAGAUCACCUCGAACUCGGGAAGCCGCCGAUAGGUGAAACUUCUGGUGAUGAUGACAACAACAAUGGGAUGAUUGAUUAUAUGCUCAACAAUCCUCAACAACAUCAACAAAUGUCAUCCGGCUUUUGUACUUCUUCUUCUUUCGAUAAAUUGAGCUUUGCUGAUGUGAUGCAAUUUGCUGAUUUUGGGCCUAAGUUGGCCUUGAAUCAAACCAAGAUAUCGGAGGAAGAAACUGGGAUUGAUCCGGUUUACUUCCUUAAGUUUCCUGUUCUGAAUGAUAAGAUUGACGAACAAUCUCUAAUGGCUCCUCAACUAGGUGGAGAAAGUGAAGAGAGGUUGUUUACAGGAGUGAUAAGUAGUGGGGAAAAUAGGGCAGGAAUGGUGGGGGAAGAGAGGGGUGUUAUGGAAGAUGAAGAAGCUAGGCUUUCGGUUAAUAACUCGGUGCAACUUCAGUUUCUUGGAGAUCAAGAUCUUCAAAACAAGAAGCCUAUAUCAGAAGUGAAGAACAAGAGAAAAAGACCAAGAACUACCAAGACAAGCGAGGAAGUUGAGAGCCAAAGAAUGACUCAUAUUGCAGUUGAAAGAAAUCGAAGAAAGCAAAUGAAUGAGCAUCUUCGAGUCUUGAGGUCUCUCAUGCCAGGAUCAUAUGUACAGAGGGGAGAUCAAGCUUCAAUAAUUGGUGGAGCCAUCGAGUUUGUGAGAGAAUUGGAGCAACUACUUCAAUGCCUAGAAUCCCAGAAGCGACGAAGACUAAUGGACGAUUCCUCUAUUGCAAUCCAACAACCAGCUCAGCCUGCAUUCUUUCCUCCAGUUCCUCUACCAAACGAUCAAAUGAAGCUUGUAGAUUUCGAGACAGGACUCCGUGAAGAAACAGCUGAAAACAAGUCUUGCUUGGCUGAUGUUGAAGUGAAGGUUUUAGGGUUUGACGCCAUGAUCAAGAUCCUCUCUAGGAGAAGGCCAGGCCAGCUCAUUCAGGCCAUCGCAGCACUAGAAGAUUUGCAGCUGAACAUACUUCACACCAACAUUACCACCAUCGAACAAACUGUUCUAUAUUCAUUUAAUGUCAAGAUUGCAACCGAUUCUAGGUUUACUGCAGAAGACAUAGCAAGCUCAGUUCAACAGAUAUUCUCUUUCCUUCAUGCAAACAGCAGCAUGUGA